GGCGGCGGCGGCGGGGCGGGCCCAGCGCGGAACAAUGGCUGCCCGGGCGCCGCCCGCCCCGGCUCUGCCGGCGGGGUCUGCGAGCUGCCUGCAGCCCAGGCGGAGGGGUGUGAUCCGCGCAGGAUGCUCAGAGGGGUGUGAGACCCGCCGCGUCGCUCCUCCCCAAAGCCCCCCCGGGCUCAGUGUCCGGUGCUGGCCGAGGUGCUCCGGAGCCGUGUCCCCCGGGCCGGGGCUGAGCCGCUCCCCGGCCACCCGCGUCGGACCUGGCCCGGCCGCGGGGCUCAGGAGUUCCCGCAGUGAAGCAGCUGAGGAGCGAGGGAAUGGAGUGCGCUGCCUGGGGGAGCCUCGCAGGGCACAGACCCCCCGCUUCAGAUCCCUGCCUGGACGUUGUCCCUCUGUCAGGCACGAUGGCAGUAAUCCCGGAGGAGCCAGAUCCCACCGGGAGCCGAGCCAGGGCAUGGCUCUGGAGCAGGCGCUCCCAGGGGUAGCGCCAAAGAGCCCCGCGGCAUCCCGAUCCCGUUUGUCCUGAUUCCUGGGGAGGGAGGUGCGUAGGCCCUCGUGGCUGCUUUCAGGAUCAGCCAGGCAAUUUUCCAGCCGGGUAUCUGCCAAGCACUCGCCUUGGACGAGGGCUGAGGAUGAAUCUCCAGUGCACGUGCUACAUACGAGGCAGGACGCGCGUCACAACCAUCACCGGGUUAAUGGCCAGCAUCCCGCUCUGCCAGCCAGUGUGCCACUGGCACCCACAGCCACGCACCCCAUCCAGCGGGCUGCACCCCGCAGCUGCCGGCGAACCCAGGGCUCAGUGUGGCCGGCCAGGUGCCAUACACCCACUCUCCCAGAGCAUGGAGGCACAGUGCCAGCGCAGCGCAGCCUUCGACUGCACAGCCCAGCCGGCAGCCUGCUGCCCCAACUGGAUGGCGCAGCUCCCCGAUGCCGUGCCCCUCUGCCGCCUCUCCAUCCCCGGCACCCACGACUCCCUCAGCCUGUUCGGUGGCCGGCGCCUGCGGUGCCAGAGCUGGGGCCUGGAGGCCCAGCUGGCGGCCGGCAUCCGCUUCUUGGAUGUGCGCUGCAAGCUGGCACGGGGCGAGCUCCAGGUGUAUCACCUCUGCACCUUCCAGCGGGCCAGCCUGCGGGGGGUCCUGCGCCGCACCCUGCGCUUCCUGCAUGCGCACCCCAGCGAAGCCGUGCUCAUGCGCAUCAAAGAGGAGCUGCCCCUCUUGUCCCGGCCCGGCUUUGCCGCCCAGCUGCACCGAUGCUUGAUGGAAGAGGGACGGGGCCACGUGUGGUGCCGGGAGGAGAUGCCAACGCUGGGCCAGGUGCGGGGGAAGAUCGUGGUGCUGGAGGCGCUGGCGCGGGAGGUGCUGGGCAUCCCCUACGAGCAGCUGAACAUCAGCGACGCCUGGAACGUGCUGUCGCUGGAGCGCAAGUGGACCCGGGCGCAGCGGCACAUGGAGAGGGCGGCCGGUGGGGACCCCGCCACCAUGUACCUCACCUUCUGCUCCGGCAACGGGCUGUUCACCUGCCCUGAGGAGGUGGCUCGCUUUGUGAACCCUCGCUGCUACCAGCACCUGCGGCGCCGGGGGAGGCAGCCCCUGCGCUGGGGGGUGGUCAUCAUGGACUUCCCCGGGGCAGGGCUGCUCCGGCUCAUCGUGGACAGCAACGCUCCGAAAGCCGGCAGACACGGCAUCACGGCGGCCGCCGGCACUCCCCCGGCCCCGUCGCGGCACCCCUGCGGCACGGAGGACGGGCACUGCCGCCGGCACGGCCGCGCUCACUGCCCGCGCCGGCGCCCGGGCUCACGCCUCUGCCGAAGGACGUCGGUACCCGUAGGGCGAAGGCGGGAUCCCCGGCACCGGGAAGCCUCGGCGUGACAGCAGCGGAGGAGGGCUGGCGGCUGCAGAGGGAGCUGGGCAGCCCCAGGGCUGACCCCUGCGCGCCGCUCUCCCCUCCCGAGCCAGGGGCUUGCCCCAAAAGUGAGGACUAUUAGAGAGAGGCAGCUUCAGCAGGCACCGCCGACCCCGUGCACGCAGAGCUGAAUGGCCACGGCAGCGGAAAGAAAUCAUCAAUUGAAAUAGGCUGGCAAGUGGCAGGACAAGGUGGCUCUGUGAAGCAGAAAGAUAAUGACAUUCCAGGGGAGAAAGCAUCAAACUGCUGGCUAUGCUACAGUGAGGAGGUGAGGAAGAGAAGAGGCAAGCUCAGCCCUGGCCUACCAAAAGGUGAAGAACGCCCUCAGGAUGCCUCUGUCUCAGGGGAGAACACAGAUGGGCACGGUGCCUGUCAGAGGGGAUGCCCCAGGAUUUCCUGGCCGGAGGAGAGGACAUUGUUUGCUCCAUGGAGGCUGGCCCUGGCUGGAGACACCACUGAUGGGGCUGGGGAUGUUCGUCAGCUGGCCCAGGAGGGUUGUGGAAGUUCUACUUGGGGAGCAGGGGAGGACAGAGCGAAUGCGGGAGGGGAGCAGGCGACAGCUUAUGAGGGGUGAUGGAGGUAGCAGAGGAACCUGUUUCUGGGCUGGCUUUGGGAGACAGAAGGUUGAAAUCUCUGCAUUAAACCAGAC